CCAAACCUUCCAAACAGGGUGUGGUGGGACGGCUUGGCCGCAUUGCCCUUUUUUCCUCAGUGCCGAAGCUGCUGCUAUCUUCUUGUAGGUUUCUUCGAUCCAAGUGAAGCCAUGGCCCUGAUUGUGACGGCUCUGCAUUCGUCACUCACAUCCCAAAGGCAGAGCCGCCGCAAGCUCCCAAGCCACGCAGCAGGCCAGGCGGUACCACCGCUGAUUCCCCUGUCCGUGCCAGAGAGCAUCGGCAUGCCGGCAACAGCGGUCGUGCAGCAGAGUGGGGUGACGUACUUCGGAAUCGAGGUAAAGCAGGAGACCGGCGCAACCUACACCGUUAAGAAGAGGUAUCAGGAUUUCGAAACCUUAAAGGACAAGCUCGUUACACUCGCACCAACAUCGAUGAUCGAUCAACAUUUCCCGCGCAAGCACAUGUUCGGCUGCCAGGGCCACAAGCUUUAG